AUGCGGAAGGAGGAGGUGGAGGAAGAGGAGGAAGGGGAGGAGAGCGAGGGGAGAAGAGAAAUACACGACAUACCGCAAUGCAUCCGCCCACGGCCUUCGACGUCCAGUGAGGGCUCAUGCAACCCAGGGCCUACCCAGCCGACCAACAUAAAGCCUACAUUAAACGAAUCAAUGCAACCACACCUGGAGCCAGAAGCACCAUGCUACAGUACCCGUGCAGAGCAAGAGGAGGUGGAGGAGCAGGAGGAGGAGGAGGAGGGAGUGACAAGAAUCACCCGGGCCGAGCCCGCGAGGGCUGGCGCUCAGUGA